GGAGUGGGGCGAUGGGCUGGCCCUUCCCAGAGUGGGCGUGUCCCGGCUGCCUGACAGUCCUGCUCUGCCCUGCCAGCCCACGUUGCUAUUAGAGGGAAAUGCAGGAGUUAGCCUGGCUGCUGCAGCAGGAAGGUACCGACUCACCUUCAGCCUUGGGUCCCUGCUCCCUCCCUGCGCUGACAAGUCCAACAUUAUUUGGCUAGUUCUGCAGCUGGAUUCCCGGGGCCCAAGCUGAGCAAUGGAACCCGCUUUCGGGGAAGUGAACCAGCUGGGCGGCGUGUUUGUGAAUGGGAGGCCUCUGCCCAAUGCCAUCCGCCUGCGGAUCGUGGAGCUGGCGCAGCUGGGCAUCCGGCCGUGCGAUAUCAGUAGGCAGCUGCGAGUGUCGCACGGAUGUGUCAGCAAGAUUCUAGCGCGGUACAACGAGACCGGCUCCAUCCUGCCGGGGGCCAUCGGGGGCAGCAAGCCCAGGGUCACUACCCCCACUGUGGUCAAACACAUACGGACUUACAAGCAGAGGGACCCGGGCAUCUUCGCUUGGGAGAUCAGGGACAGGCUGCUGGCAGAUGGGGUGUGCGACAAGUACAACGUCCCCUCGGUCAGCUCCAUCAGCCGGAUCCUACGGAAUAAGAUCGGGAACCUGGCCCAACAGAACCACUAUGAGAGCCACAAACAGCACCCGGCCGCCGCCUCCGCACUCCCUUACAACCACCUGUAUUCCUACCCCAGCCCCAUAGCGGCAGGGGCCAAGGUGCCCACCCCUCCUGGAAUGCCCUCCAUCCCUGGCACCAUGGGCAUGCCAAGGACCUGGCCCUCUUCCCAUUCGGUUACAGACAUCCUUGGGAUUCGCUCCAUCACCGACCAAGUCAGUGACACCUCGCCGUACCCCAGUCCCAAGCUGGAGGAGUGGAGCAGCCUGAGCAGAAACACGUUUCAGUCGGCCCAGCAUGUCCUCAAUGGCUUAGAGAAGAGCUCACUGGAACAGGAGGUCAAGUACAGCCAGUCAGCCAGUGGUUUACCAGCAGUUAGCGGCUUUGUGGCAGCUUCAGGCAUGACGCCAUACCCAACAACUGCGCCAGUUUCCCCUUACAUGGCAUACAGCACAGCAGCUCCCACGGGCUACGUGACAGGGCAUGGAUGGCAGCACACCGGUGGCACCCCACUGUCCCCUCACAGCUGUGACAUCACGGCAUCAUUAGCAUUCAAAGGCAUGCACACAGCACGGGAAGCAGAAGAAUCCAAGCUGAGCAUCCAUACACGCAAGUCCCCACAAUCCUACCACACACAACGCCAUGGGACAGUUGCUCAUAUGCCAAGUGCAUAGACCAGAGACUAGUCAGACUCACCCCAAUAUUUCUCAUGUAAACUUUGUAAAAGUUCAGUUGCCAUCAAAAUCCUUGAUUCUGAAUCAGUUGGAGCUGUGCCAGAGAUAUGGAAUCUCACACCUGGAACAUGCCAGUUACAUAAACACCUGAAAGCUGCACCAAACUGUCAUCUCUAGGAUCCAGGGUCCGUGUCAAGGAUACACCUGGUGGGCAUUGUGUGAAACUACCUUCAUCAGGUUCACUGAACCACAACUCUGUCUGUUACCAAUGGAAUUUGAAAGACGUGCCAUUAUUUCAGUUGUACUCAAAGCCUUCCAGGCAUUUAUUUUUGUCAAUUUUUUUGUUUUUAUAAGAUAUUUUUUUGUUACAAAACCCUUUUAACCAUAUGAAGCUCUAACCCAAGGACAUGUUCCACUUGUGAAACCUGAGCAUAAUGUGAAGAGGAAAUGAAGGGAUGUUGGACUCUUACCUCAUGCUGUUCGUCAGCAACCAAAAAUGGGGUCAAUGGGGUUUAAAACCCAAAACUACAUAAGGGACAAGCGAGUCACUCAAAGUGGCCAAACCAGAUAAGAUCUGGAGGACACACAAAGAAACCAAUUCUCCUCCCCUCUUUAGUGUUCUAAUUCCAGUCUGUCAGAGAAAGUAUGACCAAUUACACAUCCCUACCGAGAAAAACAGGAAGAGUCAAGAAACACUUAUUUGUGAUGUCCUAUAUGUUUUAAUUAUUAUGGUCCAAUUUCAGUGUAAUUAUAAGGGUGGGGAGGGUGGCUUAAUAGGGUUUGGCUUAAUAGCCAAAGGUCCAGAUUUGUGUAGAUUAUUCCGGUUUCUGGAAACCAUUGCCCAGUGAAAAUUUUAUACAAAUUUAAUGAACUAUCUGGAUAACCUUUUUUUCCAGCAAAGGGUGAUUGUGCGGAGUGUUUUUGUUACAGGCUCGUGUGAUGAUGAAUGGCUUGGAAACUCACACCACAGAUAAUGGAUUUAUCAGCUGUUUUAACAAGAGGGUUCAUUUGAAGCACUUAAAAGACGUGAGCUGUAAGCACAGUACUUGCACAGAUCCAGGUGUAAUGGGGGGGUCGGGUACUAGAAGUUCUCUCCUGCAGGUUCUCAAACAGUCCAACAAUAAAUGCCAUUUAAGUCAUGGGCAGCUAAUACUGGAUUGGGUCUUUUAAAAAGUAAAAGGCUUGUGGCUUAAAGACACUAUGUAAUUCCAUGGAUUUUUUUCAACUUUGAGCCUUUGCGGCAUGAGGUUACAAACGCAAUGGAACAAGUAUCCAUUUUUAAGCUUUAUUCUGCGCCACUUUUCUAAAACUGUAUGUGCUUUUUACUACCAUUGCAAUAAAGUGGAAGCACUCACCCAUGGAAAA